AUGGAUCUGAUUCUCUUGCUCACGGCGCUCCUCCUUGCGCGCGCGGUGGCUUCACUGGUGCGCGCAGUUGUCGCCCGUCGGCGGCAGUCGCAGUGUUACCUCCUGGACUAUGUCUGCCAUAAGCCGAGUGACGAUCGCAAGGUGAGCACGGAGAUGGCCGGCGAUGUUGUCCUGCGUAAUCAGCGCCUCGGCCUCCCCGAGUUCCGCUUCCUCCUCCGCGUCAUCGUCCGCUCCGGCAUCGGCGAGGAGAGCUACUGCCCGCGCAACUUCCUGGAGGGCCGCGACCGCGAGGGCACGCCCACCCACCAGGACGCGCUGGACGAGAUGGACGAGUUCGUCGAUGCGGCCAUCGCCAAGCUCUUCCUCAAGACCGGCCUUGGGCCCCGCGACGUCGACGUGCUCGUCGUCAACGUCUCCAUGUUCUCCCCCGCGCCGUCGCUGGCAUCCAGGAUCGUGACCCGCUUCGGCAUGCGCGACGAUGUCGCCGCGUUCAACCUCUCCGGCAUGGGGUGCAGCGCCGGCCUGAUCUCGCUGGACCUCGCACGGAACGCGCUGCAGACCCGGCCGGCGUCCAUAGCCCUCGUGGUCUCGUCCGAGUCCAUCGCUCCCAACUGGUACACCGGCACCGACAGGUCCAUGAUGCUGGGCAACUGUCUAUUCCGUUGCGGGGGCUCGGCGGCGCUGCUCACCAACGACCCGUCCCUCGGCAGGCGUGCCAAAAUGGCGCUUCGCCAUCUCGUGCGCGAAAACACCGCCGGCGACGAGGAGGCGCACAUAUGCGCGCUGCAGCGCGAAGACGGCGACGGGCGCGUCGGGAUCAGCCUCAGCAAGGCUUUGCCCAGGGUCGCUGCCCGGGCACUGAGCCUGAACCUAGGUCGCCUCGCCCCGCGCAUCCUGCCGGUGUCCGAGCUGGCGCGGUUCGUUGCCGGCAGCAUGUGCAAGAAGCUUCUUCUCUCCGGCGGCCAUGCGACUCAUGGUCUAAAGAUUAACUUUAAGACCGGGGUGGAGCACUUCUGCAUCCACCCCGGCGGCACUGCGGUCGUGGAGGGAGUGAAGGGGAGCCUGGGUCUGGAUGCAGACGACGUAGAGCCUGCGCGGAUGACUCUGCACCGGUGGGGGAACACGUCGGCGAGCAGCCUCUGGUACGUUCUGUCGUAUAUGGAGGCCAAGGGGAGGCUGAAGAGAGGAGACAGAGUGCUCAUGCUCACAUUCGGCUCGGGGUUUAAGUGCAAUAGCUGCCUGUGGGAGGUGAAAGGUUACAUGGCUGACAAGGGCGUAUGGGCACAGUGCAUCGAUGAAUACCCACCGGAGAGCAUCACGAACCCGUACAUGGAGAAGUAUAGCUGGGUUAACGAUGUCCAAGGUGAUACCCUCAUGUUUUAG